AGCUCACCUCCCAUCGCCCUCCAUCCCAACUCAAGCCAGUGUCAAGCAAAAGCAGACAAAAUCCCAUAUUCCCAUUCCUACCUACGAUCCAAUACAUAAUCUUUCCCGAGCUACAAGCCAAAGCAAGCAAUACCGGCAAUGUCGAUCGUGAGGCGGAGUAACGUGUUCGAUCCCUUCGCCGACCUCUGGGCGGACCCCUUCGACACCUUCCGCUCCAUCGUCCCGGCGAUCUCAGGCGGCAACAGCGAGACGGCGGCGUUCGCCAACGCCCACGUGGACUGGAAGGAGACCCCCGAGGCGCACGUCUUCAAGGCAGAUCUUCCAGGGGUGAAAAAGGAGGAGGUCAAGGUGGAAGUGGAGGACGGCAACGUGCUCGUCGUCAGCGGCGAGCGCACAAAAGAGAAGGAGGACAAGAACGACAAGUGGCACCGCGUGGAGCGCAGCAGCGGCAAGUUCGUGCGGCACUUCCGCCUGCCGGAGGACGCCAAGGUGGAGGAGGUGAAGGCCGGGCUGGAGAACGGCGUGCUCACCGUCACCGUGCCCAAAGCAGAGGUCAAGAAGCCCCAGGUGAAGGCCAUCAAGAUCUCCGGCUAAGUGCAUGCGUCUCGACGUAUGGUCAUUCAGGUUGGAGCCAGCUUGGUUGAUAUGUGUGGGAAGUUCCGGAACAUAAAAGUAUGCGACCAUGGUGUGUUGUUCUUGCUGAGUGUGGUGGGAGAUCGUAUUAUGUUUCUUUCUCCGGCCGUUUCUGUACUUGUGUAAUCACCAACGGAUUUGGUGAGGAAUGAACGAGAAAUAAAUCGUUUAGAUUUUGAGUGCUGUGAAGAUUCGGCAUACGCAAAGUUUGACCUUUUUGCGUGUGAUUCGGCAUACACAAAAUUCGACCUUUCUUGACGAGUUGAUACACCGUCCCUGCAUUGUUUUCA